CUCAAGUGACACUGUUGCCCGGCCGUUGCCUCAGUUGCGAUUAGGUUCUUUCCGUGUGCUCCGGACGCAGACGCGCUUCUUCGCGGUAUGGAUUUCUAUCAUCUUCCCCUGUCGGCCCCGUGCCAAUCGAUCCGUCUGUUGGCCAAAGCGCUCGGUCUACAUUUGAACCUAAAGGAGGUCGACCUGUUGAAAGGUGAACACCUGAAACCGGAGUUCCUGAAGAUCAACCCACAACACACCGUCCCGACGCUGGUCGACAAUGACUUUGUGCUGUGGGAAUCGAGAGCGAUCCUGACGUACCUGUGCGAAAAGUACGGCAAAAACGACGGCCUCUAUCCGAAGGAUCCGAAAAAGCGUGCCGUCGUGAACCAGCGCCUGUACUUCGACAUGGGCACGCUGUACCAGCGGUUCUCGCAAGCCUUCUACCCGGUCAUGAUGGAGGGCAAGGAGCUGAACCCCGAACUGGUGGUGAAGCUAGACGAAGCGCUCGAGUUUUUGGAAAGCUUCCUCGACAAAACACCCUUCGCUGCGGGCGAUAAGCUAACGGUUGCCGAUUUCAGUCUGCUGACGAGCAUCACUACCAUCGACGUGACGGCCGGGCACGAUCUCAGCAAGUACGCCAACAUUCAGCGUUGGUACAGCCAGCUGAAGGAGUCGGUGGCGGGACAUCAGGACAUUUGCGUCGAAGGUGCCAUCCAGUUCCGUGACUCGUUCAACCCGAUCAACAAGUAAACCCAAAAAAAAAGAAACAAUGCCAUCCAUCGCAAACGGUAAAAUAAACAACAACGUGGAUGCGAAAAA